AUGCCUUUAGGUUCACCAGAGGAGGUCCUUAAAUGUCAGAAGAAGUAUUGUGGGCGCUUUUACCAUCCUAAAUGCCUUAUGAAGUACGAUCCUAGUAAAAAUCACCGGGACUUCGAGUGCCCUUUGCAUGAAUGUCAUUCAUGCAAGAAUAAGGGAGGAACAAUAAUAACUAGGAAACAGACAGAAAAGGAGGAAACAUACUUGGUACAAUGCAGGCGUUGUCCCGUGGCAUACCACCGGAAGUGCUUGCCAAGGAAACAUGAGAUGGUGGGAAAACUCAACAGUGCAACACGGGAUCAUCUGAAAUUUCCAGAAAGCCCUGUUGUGUUCAAGUUUAAUCUAAAUGAGAAGCUUCCUGAAGAAACUGAAGCACCUGAGCCUAACGCGAGUACCAGCUCUGCUCCCAUGGAGUCCUCUGCAUCUCAGCCUUCAUUCCCAUGUCCGCAGCCAGAAGGCUACGGUGUCUGGCUGGAUGAUUGA